AUGCUCUUUUUCUCGCUAUCUUUCUUUCUGGCAUUCAAUCUUUCCCAGCUAAGUACACUUAAAAACAUUUCUCAUCACCAACUCAUUCGCUGUACCACACGCAUUAUCUAUCUAUCUAUCUAUCUAUCUAUCUAUCUAUCUAUCUAUCUAUCUAUCUAUCUAUCUAUCUAUCUAUCUUAUACAAAGUUGUGCAUUGGAAAUAGAUAUCUCGUUUUGUUCAUCUAUCUAUCUAUCUAUCUAUCUAUCUAUCUAUCUAUCUAUCUAUCUAUCUAUCUAUCUACUUUUUCUAGCCGAUCUAUCUACUUAUCCGAGCUUCUUUUUAUAGCACUCUUUUUUUUCCCCUUUCUCACGCUUGCGUGGUCAUUAUUUUCUCUCGUUUUCACGUACAUACUCUCUUUUCUCAUCUUUUCCUUCACUUUUUGUAUCACAUUUACACAUUUCGUUUCGUUAUUUUAUUUCAAACGCGCAUUACAUCUCUCCUCUGUAUUAGACAAAUACUCUUUCUUUGUUUUUCUUUUUCAAAUGCUUUUUUCUCAUGCACACUCCACCUCACUGUCUCAUACAGAGACUUCUUUUAAUUUCUUUCUCAUGUCCGUACUUAUACUUUCUUUUUAUCUCUCUCACACAUACAAAGACUCCCUUAUUUCUUUCAUUCAAAGAAUUGUCUUUCUCCCGAUUCUCUCUGUCUUUCACACCUCCGCUAUAUCUAUCUAUCUAUCUAUCUAUCUAUCUAUCUAUCUAUCUAUCUAUCUAUCUGUAACUGAAGGUUUAGUGAUACAGCUUUUUUUCUUGGUGGGUGGCGGAGAUCUAUCUAUCUAUAUCUAUCUAUCUAUCUAUCUAUCUAUCUAUCUAUCUAUCUAUCUAUCGUUGUUGCAUUCAUUUCUACGAAGUCCCAUAAAAAUGAUUGUGUUUAGACGUAUUUACGGAAUAUCCAAUCCUCAAACGAAAACACAGUAUCUAUCUAUCUAUCUAUCUAUCUAUCUAUCUAUUUUUUUCUAUAUUUCAAACCCUUUUCCUGUUUUUAUUUCAUUAGAUAUGCAUGAAAUAUCUAUCUAUCUAUCUAUCUAUCUAUCUAUCUAUCUAUCUAUCUAUCUAUCUAUCUAUCUAUCUAUCUAUCUAUCUAUCUAG